AGUCCCGUUAUUGUCAUCAUCAAUGGGGGACGCUCAGAUCCCUACCGCCACCAUCCCACGCGUUGUGUCUCCUUAAUGAUUUUCUUCUUCUAUUUUUUGUUUUUCCGGUUUGUUCCUCAAGGAUACAUGGUGAGUGGACCGUGCUAGACUGGUCUAGUCUCUCGGCGAAAAGGAAAGGGUGUAGUGAAACCCGUGAAACAUGCUCAUCCCGACGGUGUCACCGUUUCUACCCAACAUCCGGGAUUCCCGCAGGGAAGGUGUGUGCAACUCUCAAAAGAUCCAGUGCGCUAGUAGGCCCCCCUGUCUAUGGAGGAGAUUAGUUCUGUCACCACCCCAUUCCAUCCCCAACCGCCGUGUACAUGAUAGAUCUGCAAUGAGCCACACGGAGCGAAACAACGAUCGUGCCAUGGGCACGUCUGAUUUGCACAAUGACGGAUGCAGAAGCGUUUGGGGCUGGCAGGACCCGGUGAAAGAUGGAGUGCAAUGUAUUUGGAUGGAAUCAAGCGGUGAAUCGGAAAACCUUAUCGUGCAGGACCAACACGGACGCUUCUCCUUCCAACUUUCUACUUGCUCCCUUGUUAUUGGUCCUCAUGGGAACAGCUUCUGCGGCACUUUUGAUCCUCAGAAUACAUAGGCCUUAAGUAGCGUGCAGUUGUCUGAGCUCUGGUGGAUACCCGAAUGAUGGG